ACCCAGACAAUCAAAAUGAACUUCUCGAAGUUCUUAUCAAAACUACUCUCGCUAUGAUUAUCGAAAUCAAUCUUGCUCUCGAAGUAGAGAUAAUUACAGAAAUAAAAGUCGGUCACAAGACAGAAACCACUAUAUAUUUGACUAAGUCCCUUUCUGAGAACAUA